AUGGCUGAUCAUAAAAUCAGUUGUCCUCAGCCUUACACACCACCAUCCUACAUCAUGGAUUUCCCUCUCAAAAGACAAACCGAGGCUCAAGACGAGGCCCACAUCAACAUUGAGUACAUCUUGUACCGGUAUGGCAGUGGCGACCCCGACGCAAGGCGGUGUGAACAGCCCAAAGGAUGUUCCAUCACAAUCAACACACGUAAGACUACCUUUGAAGAAUUCAAAUCGGUUGUCAUCAGUCGCAUCGGCCAGGAGCAUUCCCACUUCCACAAGCGGAUCCAUGCGGACUUGGCAUCCUCACAACCUCAGCUUCACUGGUCCCUCAAGAUCGAAAACAACGAGGCCAGCUUAUUUCGCAAGUACACUGCAAUGCCGACCACCGAUCCGGCCUUAUUCAAGCAGUGGGCUUGGGGCCUCAGGAUCACAACCAGAGGCAAGGGGACGGUCAUGGUUGGCCAGGACCGUCCAUCACAGGAACCGGCACUUGUGCAUAACCUUGCUGCCUCUAUGGAUCAAAUUGACAGCCCGAUCAGACCCAAUCUAGAGAACCGACCUACCAUCAAAGAACCCCAGCGGACCGGCACCUGGCCCAACCCACCGGUGCCUAUUAAUGAUUUCUUUGACUACUGUCACAUCUCUCCUGCGGUGAUCGAUGCCUGCUUAGGCCAUGUCCUCAUUGAACAGCACAUUGACCGAUAUGAGCUGUUUGAGUCGGCAAUAGUUCUCAGCCAACUGCAAAACCCCAGAUAUGCAAUUCCAUCCGGGCUCAUUGCCAUUCUCAGCUUAAAUGUACCUGCAUACCGGAAAUACUUGGACGAGCAGACAUAUUAG